AUGAAAUAUUUAUGUUUAAUAUUAUUUCUGCAAAUACCGGUUAAAGAGUGUGCUAUAGAUAUCAAUGUACAAGAAUUAGUUUACAUCGCUGAUCAUUUGACUGCAGCCGAAUGUCGUCGACUCUUUGCUUCUUUGCAUUUUGCAUCUUACAAACUUCCAGCGACUUUAUCUGAUGCAGAAAAGAAGGUUCCUAAAGAUGUGCCUUGUAUAAAGCUGCUCAUGAAAUGGAACAGCGGUAACAAAACAUUUGAAGGUAAAGGCAAAACUCAUGCUGUAGUGGAACACAGACUACGACAACUAGGUAAACAUGAACUCGCAGAUUGGUUGGGGAAGCUAGUGUUCCAUAAAUUGGCUAAACAUAUCAAUAAGUCUUUAGAAGAUGAAUCGUAUUUCGAAGCACAAAAGUCGGGCACUAAUAAUAAUCAAACAUAUUUCGAAGACAAAGAUUCAAGGUUUACCGGUCAACGAUGGACAACUAUAGACUCCAUACUGAGUGUGACUUUAUGCAGUAUGCUUUGCAUGACAGUAUCAGCGUUCUAUCGUAUGCUGAAACUCACUUUUAGAAGAGCUAAAGCCAAACGUAAUACAUGUAAAGAACGAGAGGAAAUGGUAGAUUUAAUGAGUGCCGUGUCUGUAGAUAGUGAUCAAGAGACCCUUUAUGAAUAUGAUGUAGAAAAUGGAAAAGCGAAUAAUGUUAGUUACGAUAUGGAUGUUGAUAAGAUGUCAAGUGAAGAUGAUCACGAGAAAUAG